AUGCAUGUUAUGAAUUGUGUCUCCUUGGUCAGCGAUAAAGGCAAUGGGAACACCGCCAUGGCGGCCGGCUUCGUGACCGGGCAGGCACCGCCCGCGCCCCCUCCGCCCCCGGCCCCGCCGCUCGGGCCGUACUCGGGGGAGGGCUUUCCUCCCUCCCCGCCCCCGCCCCCUCCGCUGCCGGGGGUGCCACCGGUGCCCCCGCCUCCUCCGGGGCUACCCCCAAACUCUCACCUGAACGGCUACAGCCAGCUUGGUAAGAAAAAGCGAAUGAGAAGCUUUUAUUGGAAAACCAUUCCAGAAGAGCAAGUUCGGGGCAAAACCAACAUCUGGACCUUGGCAGCCAGCCAGCAGCAUCACUACCAGAUCGAUACCAAGACGGUCGAAGAGCUGUUUGGGCAGCAGGAAGAUGCCACCAAGGCUUCCCCUUCCAGGAGGGGAGGGUCUUUAAAUUCGUCCUCCAGGGAGGCCAGAGAAGAGGUUACUCUCUUGGAUGCAAAGCGGAGCAUGAACAUUGGGAUAUUUCUUAAGCAGUUUAAGAAGUCUCCUCCGUCCAUCGUGGAAGAUAUCCAUCAAGGAAAGAGCGAACACUAUGGAUCAGAGACAUUGCGAGAAUUUCUUAAGCUUUUGCCAGAGUCAGAGGAGAUAAAGAAACUAAAGGCAUUCAGUGGAGACGUGGCCAAGCUGUCCCUGGCAGACUCCUUUCUGCACUGCUUAAUCCAGGUGCCAAACUAUUCCCUGCGGAUUGAAGCCAUGGUGCUAAAGAAGGAAUUUCUGCCUUCUUGUUCUUCUCUAUACACAGAUAUGACGAUUCUAAGGAACGCUACAAAAGAGCUGAUGUCCUGUGAGGAAUUACAUUCCAUAUUACACUUGGUGCUACAAGCAGGGAAUAUCAUGAAUGCUGGAGGGUAUGCUGGCAAUGCAGUAGGAUUUAAACUGUCUUCUUUGCUCAGAUUGGCAGACACAAAAGCAAACAAACCUGGGAUGAAUCUCCUGCACUUUGUUGCACAGGAAGCCCAAAAGAAAGAUGCUAUGCUUCUAAAUUUUUCUGAAAAAUUGCUUCAUGUUCAGGAGGCUGCCAGAUUAUCUCUGGACAACACGGAGGUGGAGCUGCACUCGCUCUUUGUCAGGACGAAGACUCUCAAGGAGAACAUCCAGCGGGAUCGAGAGCUGUGUCAGCAGAUGGAAGAUUUCCUUCAGUUUGCCCUGGAAAAGCUGGCCGAGCUGGAGCGGCGGAAGCGAGAGCUCCAGGUCGAGGCCCACACCCUCAUCGACUUCUUCUGCGAAGACAAGGACACCGUGAAGCUAGACGAGUGCCUGCAGAUAUUCAGGGACUUCUGCGUCAGGUUCAACAGAGCGGUGAAGGACAACCGCGAACGCCAGGUGCAGGAGCUGAGGCAGCGGCAGCGGCUCAAGGAGCUGGAGCAGAAGCGGCGAUCCUGGACGGCGGGGGAGUUUGGAUUCGGCCGGAGCAGCAGUGAGAACGAUGUGGAGCUGUUGACCAAGCGGGGCGCGGAGGACCUGCCCCCGUUUCUCUGCUGCAGGCCCCCCACCACCCGCCGCUCCCGCCUCUCCCUGGACACCAUGGCCGACCGGGAGCUGCUGAACUUCCUGGAGAGCUCCGUGGGCAGUCCCGAGAAACUCAAGCCCAGCAACUCAUCCCAGGGCUGCCUCUGGCAGGUCCCGCCCGACGGAGCCUGCAGGGAACCUGGAGAACCGAGGGGCCAGGACUCCAGCCUAGCGCACAGACCUCGGGUCUUGGAGGGCCAGGAGGAAGCCCCCCACCCCACCACGGCUUGGCCGAGCUGGCUCCCUGCAGCCCACCCUGAGGAUCCCACCUGCGCUCUGCGCCGCCCUCGGCGCAGUGGGGUCAACACCCUCCGAAAGAGGAGCAGCGCGCCGGUGGGCAUGGAUCCUGUGAGGUCCUCACCCCCACUCUCACCGUUGGCUCUAGGGAUUAGGGAGCAUGAGCUGGUGACCGGGCUGGCCCAGUUCGACCUCCAGGCUCCCAAGGGCCCGGAGGAGCUGGCCGGGCUGACUGGGAAUGACUGCAGCCCAAUGGAGCUGGUGUCCGUGAGGGGUGAGAGCCCACAGUCCCUGGGCGCCCCCAAUAGCAGCCCAACGCCUGUGGGCAGAUGUGCCCAAGUGUGUCCCGGCCAGGAGCCUGUCCCCCAGGAUGGCGGUGCUGCCCCUUAUGAGCCCAGAGGCACAGCUGCGCUCUCUGAGGGGAGCAGCGACCCUGAGCGCCAAGAUCCUGGGCCUCUGUUCUGCAUCUCCGACACCAGCGACUGCUCGCUGACCCUGGACUGCUCUGAGGGAGCCAACUCCAGGCCCUUAGAGGGGGAUCCGGGUGAGGCAGGCGAUGGGAAGGGCUCCGUGUCCCCCGGGGCCUGGGAGAUGGGCGGCAGUCAGGCCUCCUCCAACCCCAUCUGCAGCCCGACUGCGGAGGCUCCUGCUGCUGCCUCCACCUCCGGCUCGGGCUCCGUCACAGAGAGGAGCGAGCCGGAGAGCUGCAAGGGUGGCCCGCCCAGGGACAGGCCGGCCAGAGGGAGGGAGGCGCCGGCCCUCAGGAGGAGCUCCCCAAGAGAGGCUCCGCCGUUGGCGGGGCCGUCCCGGACCGGGGCCGCCCGGCGGAGCGCAGGGCCGACAGGGCCUGUGCGGCCGGCGGGGCCCGUGCGGCCGGUGAGGACGCUGACCGGCUGCGAGAACGAGAGCAUGCGCAGGGUCGUGCCAAUCUCGCGCGCCGGCCGCGCGCCCCCGGCCCCCAAGGGCAGCCCCCGCGAGGCCCCCAGUGGGCCCAACCCACCCCCGCCCCUGGCGCGCCGCAGCUCCAUGCGGGGGACCUCGGACGCGUCGCCAGCGAGGCCCGCGACGGGGGCGGCCCGGCCCGGGAGGGAGCCCCCCUCUCUGCUUCGGAGCUCCUUCAGGAAGCCCAGCGCCAAGCCUCUGCGCAACGUGCCGCGGUCGAAGCCCGAGGAGGACAAGGCGUGCCGCUCCAGCGCCCAGGGCCCCGACGGCCCCGGAGAUCCGCCCUGCGCCCCGCCGGCCGCCAGCGUGCCCCGGGGCCCGGCCGCGGUCCCCAGCUUCGCUCGCAACACGGUCGCCUCCUCGUCUCGAAGCCAGAGGCUCGACUCUCCCGCUCUGCCCAGAGCCCCCGGCCUUACGCGGACCAUGUCUCAGCGGCAGCUGAGAGUGAAGGGCGGCCCCGAGGACAGCGCCCCCAAGGACAGCGGCGCCCUCCGGCGGGCCGGCAGCGCCCGUACCCUGCGGAAGGGGUCCGAGUGCGCCGAGGGCCCCAGGGCCGGCGCGGAGACACCGCCGAAGGGCCGCGGGGCAGGCGAAAGGGCCUCCCUCCGGCUGAAGGAGGCCAAUCGCGCGGCGCUGGGGAAGGGGCUUCAUCCCUUACGUAAGUGA